AGCCGAGUUGGAGGCUGGGUCCGGGCUCGGCUUCCCGCCCCCUCUCCUCGGGGGCCCGGGGAACCGGCCGCGGCGGUGCCCCUUCUCCUCCGGCCGGCCGGGCGGCUCCGGCGCGGAGGGGGUCGGGGAGGCCGCGCGGCGGGGAGCGGCGAGGGUCCCGGCGGCCUGAGGCCCUGCGCGCCUCCGCGGGUCCGCGGGCGGGGGCCGGGCCGGCGGGGAGCGGCGUCCGGGAAGCCGGGCAGGGGAGGGCCGAGGCCUGCUUCCGCCGCGCGCCGGCCGGACCCCUCGGCCUCUCGUCCGCCGCGCGCGCCGGGCCCGGGCCGCCGCCUUUGUUGCCCGCAGUCCGCCGGGGAGAGGCCGGGGCUCGGCAAGGCCUGGGGCGGCGGCGCGGGGCCUGCGCGCUCCGCAGCCCCUCGGCCGCGCUCGGACCCCCGGGCUGGAGGCCGGCGGCCGCAGGGCGGGCUGGGGGCCGCAGGCCGCGCCCGUGCUGUCCCCGGGGGGUCGCGUCGGGCCGAGACCCUGGUCUGUUCCGCGCGUGGAGGCGCCGCCGGACCCUCGCGGGCUCGCGCGGGCGUGGGGACUGGGGAUGUCAAGCCGCCCCCGAGACGGGCCUUGAUUUUCAGUUUGCUUCAGGUGUUGACAACUUCAGUUCAGCAGAUGUUUCUUGAACGUCUACCCCGGAAAAGGCGAUAUGCCGCUUUACUGGGUAUGAAGACGGAGAACGUAGUAAUCACAAUUAUAACGUGAAUGGUUUCCGAAUAUGUUCUUCGUGGACCGUGUUCCUUGGAAUAAAGAUCUAUGUGUAUUCAAGCAAAAGUAAACUGCCAUCUACUUCAAGAUGAAAUAAAUGUCUGAGGUUUUCUCAACCAUAGGCAUCACACUUGGAGACUAUGUUUGGGGAGCGGUGGCUAUCCCAUUGUCCUUGGGAGCCGACUCUUGAGUAGUAGAGGAGAAGGAAAGAAGAAAAGACCACAUCUCUCUGAAGGCCUGGGAGACCAAGUUUCCUGAGCAUCAGUAAACCCUGCAAGCGUCGCUAUGCCGUCCUGAAAUCUUCCAUCAGAAAAUGGCUCCAAAGGGUAAAUGAAGCGGGAAAAAUACAUAGAUGCAGCAUUGCGUGCAGCCUCUCCAGAUGUUCGAGGAUAAUAUUCCAGAGAGAAGUUGAUUCCCUUGGAUUAGGUAACUAGUCAGAAUGAAGAAGAUUAGUCUUAAAACCUUCCGGAAAUCUUUCAACUUGAAUAAAAGUAAAGAAGAAGCGGAUUUUAUGGUUGUACAACAACCAUCACUAGCCAGUGACUUUGGAAAAGAGGAUUCCUUAUUUGGUAGCUGCUAUGGAAAGGAUAUAGCCAGCUGUGAUCUCAACAGUGAAGAUGAAAAAGGCGGGAAGAGUAGAUCAAAAAGUGAAAGCCUAAUGGGUACGUUGAAAAGACGGCUCUCUGCGAAACAGAAGCCGAAGGGCAAGGGCGGCGCGCCCUCCGGGGGCUCCGCGGACGAGGACACCUUCUCCUCCUCCUCGGCCCCCAUCGUCUUCAAGGAUGUGAGGGCGCAGAGGCCCAUGAGGUCCACCUCCCUGCGCAGCCACCACUACAGCCCCACGCCGUGGCCCCUGCGCCCCACCACGUCGGAGGAGACGUGCAUCAAGAUGGAGGUGAGGGUCAAGGCCCUGGUCCACUCGCCCGGCCCGGGCCCGGCCCUGAACGGCGUGCGCAAGGACUUCCACGACCUCCAGGCCGACACCGCGUGCCAAGAACAGACGAACUCGCUCAAGAGUUCCGAGUCUCAGGAUGGGGACCUGCAUCUCCACCUGGAAGAACAUGUGCCUGUCGUUAUUGGACUCGUGCCUCAGGACUACAUUCAGUACACUGUGCCUUUGGAGGAGGGGAUGUACCCUCUGGAAGGACCGCGCGGCUAUUGUCUGGACGGCUCCUCCCCCAUGGAGGUCUCCGCGGUCCCUCCUCCAGGGGGAGGCGGCUCCUUCCCCGAAGACGAGAAUCAGGUAGACCCGGACCUCGUGGUGGCCCCAGAGAUCUUCGUGGACCAGUCGGUGAAUGGCUUGCUGAUCGGCACCACGGGAGUCGUGCUGCAGAGCCCGAGGGCGAGUCCCGACGACGCCCCGCCACUCUCACCGUUGCUACCUCCCCUGCAGACGAAUCAGAUCCAAAGGAACUUCGGCGGGCUCGCCGGCUCGGACGCCCACGUGGCCGAAAGUAUGCGCUGUCACUUGAAUUUCGAUCCUAACUCUGCCCCCGGGGUUGCCAGAGUUUAUGACUCGGUGCAGAGUAGUGGUCCCAUGGUUGUGACAAGCCUUACAGAGGAGCUGAAGAAACUGGCGAAACAGGGAUGGUACUGGGGCCCCAUCACUCGCUGGGAGGCAGAAGGGAAGCUGGCCAAUGUGCCGGAUGGUUCUUUCCUUGUUCGGGACAGUUCUGACGACCGUUACCUUUUAAGCUUGAGCUUUCGCUCGCAUGGCAAGACCCUUCACACUAGAAUCGAACAUUCAAAUGGUAGGUUUAGCUUUUAUGAACAGCCGGACGUGGAAGGACACACGUCUAUCGUGGACCUGAUCGAGCACUCGGUCAGGGACUCCGAGAACGGGGCCUUCUGUUACUCCAGGUCUCGCCUGCCGGGCUCGGCCACCUACCCCGUCAGGCUGACCAACCCGGUGUCGCGCUUCAUGCAGGUGCGCUCCCUGCAGUACCUGUGCCGGUUCGUCAUCCGCCAGUACACCAGGAUAGACCUGAUUCAGAAGCUGCCGCUGCCAAACAAAAUGAAGGACUAUUUGCAGGAGAAGCACUACUGAGAGGCUGUGAGAACCCUGCGUCUUGCACUUGGGGAGGAAGAAAAAGAUUGAAAUACCGUUUACAGACUUUCCAUUGCUAUCAAAAUCUUUUGCUGCCAUACUGUUUCAGUUUUAUGUGUAAAAGAGUAACCAGUUCGUUUAGGGGUGGGGAAGUGUCGGCAAGGUGUCUUGGGUUUAUUUUGGUUCUUUAAAAAGGGAAGUCUUGAGGUUUUAGAAGAGUGAGCUAUCUUCCAUCAGUGUGCAGAAUAAUCACAAUGUGAAUUAUCAGAUUCUCCUUACCCACCCCGCCCCCAGUCCUUUGCUGCUAUCCACUGUGAUUUUUAUGCAUUAAAAGCACAUUUCAUGUGUAUUCAAUCCUAAGUAAAGUUAAAUGAAACUUAUAGAAUGAACAUCGUUAUGUCUCUUUCAAUGGCCCGUUUUCAAAGAUAGUGUGGAGUAAACAUAGCCGUGUGAUAAAUCACAGCAUUCACACCUACACUGAAAAUGAUUUUUAAUUUCAUACUUUAGAAAGAUUUAUUUAGAAUUAUGAACUGACAUAAUCUUGGGUAAUGGAACAGAGAUCUGCUACAUAUCUUUUACAACAUUCAUUUCUAAAUUAUUUUUAAGGUUGUGCUGUUAUUUUGGUUGUGAGAAGUUGGACUUUUCUGUUGCCUUCAUUUUCAUCUUGUGGUUUGUCUGUUUUAAUAAAUGGCCUUACAGAAUUGUAAAGAAAUGUAUACCACCAAUUUAGAAAUUGUUGCCUUUUCUGUCAUUAAACUCUGGUACAAAUUGGCGUAACAUAUAAAGACCUAAUGGAACUAGAACUAUUAAAGAAAUACUAGAUGAUCAUAGUUUCCGGUGUUAAGCAGUUUUUUUGUUAUCUAUACUUUCCUUUGGUAAAAUGUUUUAUCUGUGAUUUCUUUAGCUUAGUCAACAUUUUCUUGGGUGAACUUGAUGUAGAAAUGAUUUUCAAAAAUGGACUAGAUCCUCUUGCAACAUAAAGUUUAUAUAAAGUUUUAAAUUGAUUUGAAUAGAAAGAAAACAUUGUUUUAAAGUUGGGUUUAUAUUUUUCUUUUAUGCAGUCACUAUUAAGAUGUGCUAGAUUUGACCCUUCCUUCCCCCCACCAAAAAAACAAAAACAAAAAACCAAAAAAACCCAGUGACUUUAGUUGAAAAAUUGUGGAGAUUGUGGAGCACCAUGUAAGAAAAAUAUUAAAACCGAAUCAGGUGUAUGGAAGUGUUUGCCUACCAUAUAUACUGCCCUUUAAAAAUAGGCUUUCUAUUUGUUUCUUUUUAAGUCCUAAGUAAAUUGACCUCAUUAGUUUUUUCAUCUCUUUUGAGUCAGUCCUUUGGGCGGGGGUGCAGUUUGUCACCUCCAAUACUUUUUAGUUAUUUUGAAAUGCAGUGUUUAUUUACUGCAUGAUUCUUCAGUAUUUCGGAGUUGCUCCAUCCAGAAGACGUUUCUAGCUACCUAACUUUAAAGGAAAUGUUUCCCUCUCAGAUGAAACAUGUAAUUUAAGACAUUUCUUCCUUUGUCCCUCGGUUUUCCUAUCUCUUACCCCCUUUUAAAAGCAGGAGUUAAAGGUCUUAGGUCAAAUUUAAUAGCGUUGUCAUUCAGACAUAAGCAGUAUCCCCAUUUUUUUUUCUCUAUUUGUUUUUUAGAGUCAACUGAGAAUUACCAAGAAAAGGCACAAUGCCAUAAUAUGUUAUGAUAUUUUAACUUAAAGGGGAAAAGGUACUUAAUUUUGGUGGAAUGUUUGAUUGUACCUUGUUACAAAGACUCCUCUUUCAUUUUCUGAUAUGUUUUCACCUAAUAAGAUGGAAUAUGGAGUAUACUGUAAUAAUAUAAUUUAAGUGUUCAUUGUAAGCUAUUUGGAUUAAGAACUAUUACAGAGUUGUAAACUUGUUAUCAAAUUAAUGCAAGACAUUUAAACUAUUUUUUUGCAAAACUAUUUAUUUUUAAACAAUUUAAAAUAUAUCUAGGGUGAGUUAAAAGUCCCUGUGCAUCUAUAUUAGAUGGCAGGUAUUGUCACAGAGUCACUGUGUAUUAAUAAUAAAUGUUGAGAUGGCUUCUCCAUGUUUCUAGAAGCAUUUACAUGUACUCUUUGUGAGAUCAUGGUGCACAGAGGUCUUUGGACUGCCCUGAACCCCGUCUUAAUGUGGGCAUAGCCUGUUCCCCACGCCUUCCUCAUGAUACCAUGUGUUUAAGAUCUAGCCAUUUGGUUUCAAGUUAAGAUCAUUCUGAUUUCCAUAUAAAUGGUUUUAAAAUUGUAUUUUGUGUUUUUAUGGAGGGCAAGUCUUGAUACUGUUCUAAUUCAGAAAGCCAAUCUUUAAUGUGCUUUUUUAUGUUCAUAAUAUAAAACACUUUUAAGUAAAAUGCCCUAUUCUAAUCCAAUUUCAAAUUGCUAGGGUCUGAUAGUGUAUCAGUAAAAAUAUUUGCCAAGAAGUUAUUUACAAACAGAGAAAGGAGCGUUGCAAUAUUUUCUGCUUUUGUUUAAAGAGAACCAUUUGGCAUAUAGGCAGUACAACAUAAUGUGAAAGACUGGCUUUGUAGGGUAGUAAAACAAUCUGGUUAAAAUUGGAAAGGGGAAAAAGAGAAAUCUUCAUCCUGUAGUUUUGUCUAGGUAGCAUUUGGGUUUCUGGAUUCUGUUGAAUGGUAGCUUAGAUGACAUGGGCACUACCUGUAAGUGAUUUCUUAAAUAUGUGUUUCUGAAAAUCUGAGCUCAAGGCAAGAAAAAGAAAACAAGAAAGCUGUAUCUUUCUGCCAUAAUAAAUUAAUCAGAGUUGCUUUUUAUCAAAUAUCUCAUCACAGAAACACGAUGGAGGCCAGAAGCUAUUUCCAGUGUUACUAGGACACUAUUAUGCAAUUUUACAAAUAAUAAGAAAGCAUAGAAAGUAUUUGAAAAAGUCUCUUUCUCUUUCUAAGGAAAACUGUUCUCUGGUGCAAUAAUGUGAAAAAUUUGGAAGGUCAAAAAAUAUCACAGGAAACGAUCAUAGAACUAAAAAUAGUUUUUAAGGAAACCAGCUACACAGGGCAACCAUCUUGCUGUUAAAGAAAAUCAUGUGCCAAAAGGCUAAAUCACUGGCAUAUAGGAAAUAAAACCCAAGUAUAUACACACGAUAAUUUCUGAGCCAGUAUUACUGAAACAGGAUAAAAGUUACUGAAAUCUUAAGUAGGUUAUAUGCAGUGUCUGCUAGCGCUACCAGUCUGAAUAUCUUUCUUCACAAUGCUUUCAGAAAUGCCAGUUUUGAUCAUUGUACAUUUCACAUUGUAUAUGAGAGAUACUUGCUUUAUGAAUGAUUCAAAGUUAUCUAUUUUAAAUCAUCAUGGCUUUUCAUCGAAUGCGAAGUCUUAAUUUGAAAAUGAAAUCAUACUACCAGCAAUAGACGGUUUUGUUGAAAACUCUAAGGAACAGUCGCCAGUUCCGUAAAUAACUUUAAAAUUCUAAAAUAAAGUAUUGGUACGCUAGUAAUCACAAAUUCGGUUUCUUUUAAUAGUUUUUUAGUCCUGUAAAGAUUUUUUAUAAACACAUCCUUUUUUAUUAAUCAGUUAUAACAUGGCGAAUGUGUAGCUGCCGUUUCUGAAAAGUGAUCCAAACUCUACAUCCAGAGAUGAUGAAAAAUUCUUAUAGAAUUUUGUAAUAAGUAUACAUGUUGGGUUAAAGAAAUUUUAUAGUCGUUGGAGUGCCAUGGAAUUAAAACUUGCAAUCCAGAUUGCUGUAGUUUACACUUUUCUGUAUGUUUCGAAUCAGGUGUGUACCAUUUGUACUGAGAACACCACAGAAUGAAUUAUCCAAAGUCCAUUGAUUUUAAUACGUGUUUUGGUUUGUAAACAAAUUAGAGUAAUUUCUUGCACAUUUUUGGAAAUUAAUCGUAUAAAGAAUUUAUGUAUCUGCUUCUAGAUACAGUGUGUAAAUAAAAAUUUCGUUCACAA